AUGACGCAGAGUCUCAGGUGCAACAUUCGGCGAGUUCUGAGUCGAGUGACGCGUCCGAGCGAGUCCUCAGCAAAUGGGUCCAACGCGGAGUUACGGGAAGGUGAUAUCCUGCCGCCUUCGCAUCCACUGCAGCAGGCGCAUGCAUCCAAUUUGAGAAGGGUGCUCGUGGAGCAUGGGGAGGACGAAACGGAUGUGGGCGGAUACUUCAUCAUAAACGGAUUAGAGAAGCUUCGAACUACCGACGCUCGCAAGCUCAUUCCUGACAAUUGGGGCUUUUACUGUCCAGUACACACUCCAGAUGGCGUGCCAUGCGGGCUGUUAAAUCAUCUGGCAGCUCCAGUUACCGUUUCUACCGGCUUUCGGGAAAACUCGGCCAAGCGGCAACGCGCCGUCAUUUCCAUUCUCAAUGAGCUGGGAAUUAUUCCAGUCAACUCACUAUUGCUCUCUCCGGACUAUCUGACUAUUCUGCUGAAUGGUAGAGUCGUCGGCAUCGUUCAUCGACAACAUGCCGAGUCCCUUGCUCAUAAUUUACGUAUCCUCAAGGUUAAGGCCGGCAUUCUGCAGCCUAACAGCGAAGUCCUCCAGUGGCUCGACUCUGUGACCGGAUCAGUCGAUUUUAAUUCCAUCCGGGCCACUCUCAACGAUAGCGAGUCCAGCUUGUACCAACUCAUUCAAAACGAAUCCUUCCAAGCCCUCGAGGACCUAGAGAUAGUGCUUAUCCACCCCAGCGAAAAACAAUACCCGGCUCUGAUUCUGUCCACAUGUCCUUCCAGGCUGCGCCGUCCAGUUCUCAAUCUUCAGCUCGGCCUUGUUGAACUCAUCGGAACCAUGGAACAGAGCCGCCUCAUCAUUGACUGUCCCAGCCAAAACAGAAAUGCCCAAAAAGAACUAACGAAAAAUCGGACCAAACAUAGCCGAAAACAAAAGACCUCAAAACCUCUUUCUUCAUCCGUUGAACAACCCCCUCCUGAUUCAACCCCCUUUACCCAUCGCGAACUUGAUCCUGUGUACAUACUCUCCAAUACCGCCCUCCUCACUCCAUUCAGCGAAUUCAAUCAAAGCCCCCGUAACAUGUACCAGUGCCAAAUGGCCAAACAAACUAUGGGCACUCCACUUCACUCCUACGCCGCCCGAGCCGACAACAAACUCUAUCGGCUCGUCACGCCCCAAGCUCCCCUCACCUGCACCACCCAACAGGACCUUUUCAAGGACUACCCCAGCGGUACCAAUGCCGUCGUAGCCGUUAUCUCCUAUACCGGAUAUGAUAUGGAAGACGCUAUGAUCAUCUGCAAGUCUAGCUACGAACGUGGCCUCGGCUAUGGCCUCAUCUAUAAGUCCGAGCAUAUAGAUCUCUCCUCUCAAGGCUCCCCCUCCGAAAACCAAUUUGUCUACUUCAACAACAUGGCCAACAUAGAAAAUUUCGAAUCCUCUCACCAAAAUCUCGUCAUCAACCAUCAUUCCCCAGAUCUAAAUGCUCCCUACGAGCCCUCACUCGACCUCGAUGGGCUCCCCUUUGUUGGACAACUCCUCAAAAAGGGCGACCCUAUGUACGUCACCUACGAUGACAUCACCCGAAAGCACAAUGUUUACUACUACCGCAGCCAAGAGUCCUGUACUGUCGAAGAUGUCAUCCUCAUUGGGAUCGGCAAAGGUCAACAAAACAACCAAUCCUUGCGUAUGCUCCAAAAAGUCGUCAUUAAACUCCGUAUUCGCCGAAACCCCGUCCGCGGCGACAAAUUCAGCUCUCGCCACGGACAAAAAGGCAUCCUCUCUAACCUCUGGCCUCAAAUCAACAUGCCCUUCACCUCCGAUGGCAUCACCCCCGAUAUCAUCAUCAACCCCAACGCCUUUCCAUCUCGUAUGACUAUUGGCAUGCUCAUUGAAUCUAUGGCCGGCAAGUCCGGCGCCCUUCUCGGAUACACACCUGACGCCUCUCCAUUCGGCUACAACGAAAAUAACAUCCCCACAGAUUUCUUCGGCCGCGAACUAAUCAAAGCCGGGUAUAAUUAUUACGGCAACGAAAUCAUGUACUCCGGGAUCACCGGCACAAAACUGCACGCCGACAUCUUUAUCGGCAUAGUUUACUACCAACGUCUGAGACAUAUGAUCACUGUGGAGAGCAUGCAAAUUUUGUGGAAGCCUAAUAUCACUCAUAAGAACUAA